AUGUUUGCAACAGUUGGUGGAGGAUGCUUUUGGUGUACAGAGGCUGUUUUCUUACGAGCCAAAGGCGUCAUUCGAGUUCGCAGUGGGUAUGCUGGAGGGAAAACAAAGAACCCAAGCUAUCGACAAGUUGUAUCAGGCAAGACCGGACACGCAGAGGUUGUGCGAAUUGAGUAUGAUCCCACAAUGAUAUCUCUCAGAGAUAUAUUCGAUCUUCACUUGCUUUCACAUGACCCCACCCAGAAGGACAGGCAAGGUGCUGAUAUAGGCUCACAAUAUAGAUCUAUUAUCUUUUAUGAAACCGAGGAAGAAAGGAAUGUUGCACUUGAAGCGAUUCAGCAGGCACAGAACAAGUUCAAUUCGCAAAAACUCUUCGGUAUUUUCCCCCGUCGAGCAGAGAUAAUGACUGAAGUGAAGAAACUUGACGAAUUCUUCGAAGCAGAAACUUAUCAUCAAGACUACUACAAUAAGAAUCCGAACCAACCAUACUCUAUCAUCAAUAUUGUGCCCAAGCUCCAAUCAUUCGAGGUUCGCCAAGCCCUAGGAAGGCUCGAAUCUCGGGAUGGAAUGUGA